CUAUAAUUAACCCCUACCGACUUGGCUUUGAUCGUGCAUGACUCCCGUUACUAUGCAAAGUGAACCUCGGUGCCACGUCUUGUUCUCCUGGGUUACCAGGCAAGCGAAGCAACUUUGUAUAAUGCGUCUGGGGGGAGAAAGCGAAUUUUUAAUAGACAGUAACAAAGACAGUAAUAAACUCGCACCUUUUAAACUUUUUAUCCCACAUCAAUCCUUCGACCCCCAUCCCUCGCUCUCUUUGUCUUUAAAUACAUGGUGUUCUUUAGAACAUUCAGAUUAUUUAUAAAAUGUCUGUAAGCGCAACCAACGUGCCGUUAUCGCAGAGAAGUUUCUAGGCGAAGUGGUCAUACUUUGCAGCUAUCAACGUGAGCUUCAGAAGAAUACUUAACAAAUAUUCAUGAUUUUUUCUUUACUGCCUUAGGAGCAGUCGUUUAACAGACUCAUUUGAACGCAGUCACGUUUUAAUGCUCCCUCAUGUUUUCAAAUUAGCGGUAUUGAUCGUCGAAGUUGAACGGCAAAUCCGGUCAAUAUCGCAACCGAGCACACCCAGAGCGCAGGAGAGGCUGCCCCACUAUCAUAUCGGACAGGAAAGCCCCAUGACGGCAAGCGCGAAGAAGAAACCGAACGUCUGUGACAAAGGCGGCCUGGACUGACGCCACGGCUCAGCGACCCACUCAGCGACGACAAUACAGUUUUCUUUCCCUCUCUCUCUCGGCCAGUCACGGCAGCUACUGAUAACGGCACGUCCUGCCUGGCAAACACGUGCAGCGUGUGCAGGGUCGGGAUCUGGCACGAUGCGCAACCAUUCAAACGUUCACCCCCAGACUACCUUGCGCGGGCUGUCGCAGCCUGACCCGCAGCUGGACGCGCUCGGCCUCGAUGUCGCCUCGACUGAGCCUCGGAAUUCGCCGAUGGAUAUUUCGAAUUGGGUGCCGAUUCUCGAGGUUUAAAAAGGUUUGAAGCGGAUUAAACGGAAGCUAGCGUGACACCCGACAGCGCAACCAGAAUUUGCGUUUACCCACGUCGUGCCAUCUCGUGGGAGCCGCAUUGCCAACGUCUGCUGCUUAAUACCAGCGCCGGUAGAUGCCGCUACCUAACCAACGUGCUGGAUCAUGCAGCCGUGGGCCCUGACGACCAAGGCUCGCCGCUUUGCUCGAUCUGGAAGUCGGUGAUUCGAGAGGACGUGUUAAGAUACACAAUAAGCGUGGUCUAAGUGCCCAUAGGGCUCUGGUGCAUGUCGGGGUGAAACGAGGUCCGAGAUGGAAGCUACAGGCCAGGCCCAGCCGGCGCAGAGUAGCCCCGAGAUCACGCGCGCCCACUACUUCUUCUCUCUCUGCCUCAGUCGCGCAGUGCUGCGAUAAUAUGAUACCGGAAGUCACAGAAGGUGUGACCUUGUGAGAAAGUCGACACAGCAAAGCAAGCAUACCAAUGGAAUUUGGCGCUGUAGUUCAGAAGGUUUGAGGAGAGAACAAGCUUUGAAACAUAUAGUUGUGCUCUGCAUGAGUUGUGCUAAUGGACGUGCCGCGCGGGCGCUGAAACUUUGUUUACUUAAUUUCUUUGAGCUCUAACCGAAGACAAAGAAAGGGGCAAAGGAACGAGCCACGUGUUGAGACAACAACAACAACGUCCACUGUAGAGCAUCUACGAUGCGAACCUUCAAAAUUAUUCGUUUAAAUUCGAGUACAUCGCAGGAAGACGCUCAAAGUACAAGUCAAUGCACUCCCGUCUGGUGACACGGCAAGUGCAUGGCAAGUACAGUGUAGUAGAAGCCACUCAGCACUGCCGUUGAGGUGUCUUCGACGCUUCGCAUGACGGCUUCUGCGGCGUUAGGAGAUGUGUGGUUUCCUUGUCGUCAGCAAUGAACAGGCUUCCUACAGUGGCGCUCCUGGCCGUGAUCGUGAUCUCGGCAGCGUCGUCGCACGUCGUCAACACCACUUGCGGAUUGGUGCGCGGCAUUCCAAUUUCCGUGAAAGACAAGACGGCGUUCGGUUUUCUCGGCAUUCCGUACGCUCAGCCACCGACGGGCGAACUUCGAUUCCGAAAGCCUGUGCCAGCUUUGCCUUGGAAAGAUGUGUGGGACGCGACGACAAUGCCUUAUUCGUGCAUGCAACUCGAGAAUGUGUUUCUCAGCGCCGGCUUCGAGGACGAGAGCCGGCACAGCGAAGACUGCCUCUACCUCAACCUGUGGACUCCUCGAACAGACUCCUCUAGGAGGCCUGUAAUGGUAUGGCUGCACGGUGGUGCAUUCAUAAUGGGAUCGGCCAGCCAUAGUUACAACAAUGGCUCCGUGAUUGCCGCCCUGGGUGACGUGGUAGUGGUCGCGAUGAACUACCGGCUCGGCGCAUUCGGCUUCUUCACUGCAGACACAGAGGACGCCCCUGGCAAUAUGGCUCUCCACGACCAGCUGCUCGCGUUGCGUUGGGUGCACGACAACAUUCGCAACUUCGGUGGUGAUCCCGACCAAGUGACUCUCUUCGGAGUCAGCGCUGGAGCCAUCUCGGCCAACCUGCACCUCCUGUCUCCCCUGAGCCGUGGGCUGUUCAAGCGGGCCAUCCUGCAGAGUGGGAGCCUCUACUCCGCCACCUUCAUGAGCACCACGGAGGAAGCCAUACGGGUCUCGAACGACUUCGCCAGCACCCUCGGCUGCGCGAACAGCAUAGACGAGGACCUACUCUCUCGCCCGGAAUUAGUGGUACGAUGCCUGCGGUCCAAGAGCGCCGAUGAGAUCCUGCGCGCGCACAUCGCCUUCUCGCGAGGCAAGAUCAUCAGCAUGAGGCCCGUGCAUGGCGAUGAAUUCAUGCCCAAAUCCCACUUGGUGCAGAUCGAAAGGGGCCAGUUCCAAGACGGCGAGCUCCUGAUCGGAACCAACGCAGACGAAGGAUCGCUCUUCCUCUUUCUCGGCUUUCCGCACCUCUAUCCUCUCAAGACGACGCAACCUGUCUCGCGGGAGGACACGCAGAAAGUGGCCCGAGUCCUGCUGCACGCUUUGCACACGCCGGUGCCUGACGACUUAUUCGACGUGUACUUAGACGCUCAAGAUGGCGCCGAUGCAAUUAGCGAGGACGAGCUUCUGCGUGGGCGGCUAAUUGAUAUUGUGGGCGACCUGUUCUUCAUCUGCCCGUCGGUGCACUUCGCCCACACGUACGCGAGGCACGGUAACCCAGUGUUCUACUACUCCUUCGAGCACCGCACCGAGGCCAGCAUCUGGGGCCCCUGGAUGGGCGUUCCGCAUAGCGACGAAGUGCAGUACGUCUUCGGCAUGCCCUUCAGGCUGCCCGCGCACUACACGGAGGAGGAGGCACGAUUCUCCGAGAACAUCAUCGACAUGUGGGUCACCUUCGCCAAGACAGGGAACCCAAGCACUCAAGACACGCGCUGGGACGAGUUUCAAAGGAGCAACGGCACAUAUCUGUCUCUGCGGCCCCGGCGACACACGACGGGCUCGCAGCUGCGCCGAGACCAGUGCCAGUACUGGAAGCGGCACUUGAAGUACCCGCAGCUAGACUCCGCCGGUGCACGAGCUCUCGAGAACUAUCCGGGAAAAGUGAUGUGGUUUGUCGACAGCGUCGUGUCGAAGAUAAGCAAAUUCUGGAUGAGGGUGAAAUCGUACAGCAAUAAGUUUCUAUGACGGACCAUGCGGACGCCGGUGAGCGGUGUCUUUCUGCCAACAGAAUAAAAAAUUCCAUAGAUGUAAAGCCCAUUGAUAGACCCUGAAA